AUGGGCCUCGACUUCGCGCUGCUCGGCUACUUCUUCUUCUGGUACCUCGGCAACUACUACUACAACAUCACGAACAAGCUCGCGCUCAAGGGCUCCGGCGGCUCCAAGGGCUUCCCCAUGACCAUCGCGUCGCUCCAGCUCGGCGUCGGCGUCGUCUACGCCCUCUUCGCGUGGGUCGCGCCCGACAUGCGGUCCAUCCCCGCGCUGACGAUGGACGACAUCGUCGCCAUGCUCCCCGUGGCCUUCUGCUCCAUGAUGGCCCACUGCGCGUCGGUCUUCGCGCUGUCCGCGGGCGCGGUGUCGUUCGGCCAGAUCGUCAAGGCCGCGGAGCCCGCGUUCGCGGCGGUGCUGUCCCAGUUCGUCUACGGCAAGCCCAUCUCCCAGGCCAAGUGGCUCUGUCUCAUCCCCGUCAUCGGCGGCGUCAUCAUCGCGUCCGUCAAGGAGCUCGACUUCGCCGUGUCCGCGCUCGUCGCCGCGUGCUCGGCGAAUCUGUUCGCGGCGUUCAAGGGCAACGAGAACAAGAAGCUCAUGGAGACGCCGGGCCUCAAGGACCGCCUCGGCUCCGUCGGCAACCAGUUCGCCAUCACGUCGCUCCUCGCCUUCCUCAUGUCGCUGCCGCUCAUGUUCGCGACCGAGGGCGCGAAAUUUGGCGAGUUCAUGGAGGUCCUCAAGACGAACCCGGCCGUCAAGUCCAACUUCCUCCUGUCGGGCGUCUACUUCUACGGCUACAACGAGCUCGCGACCAUGACCAUCAAGAAGACGAACGCGAUCACGCAGUCCGUCGCGAACACGGCCAAGCGCGUCAUCAUCAUCAUCGGCGUCGCGCUCGUCCUCGGCGAGGACCUCCCCUUCGUCAAGCUCCUCGGCUCCGCCAUCUGCAUCGGCGGCGUCUUCCUCUACUCCGUCAUCGACUCGCUCCUCGCCAAGAUGUAG